ACGUAUGUAACUAUGUACGCGGUCUAGACGCGUGCUAGGAGAUGCCUAGUGUCCCCGCGGAGCUGCGGGCGGUCGACAGCAACUCGAUCGACAGCACGUCGUCGUAUAGCUUGAAAUCGAGGUUUCGCACCGAAGACCGGGAACACGCGCGCGCGCGAUAGCAUGGCGCUGUCCUCGUUCGAGAGUGUCGCGGUCUUUGGGACAGCUCCGGUGGUUCGCGGAGCUACGCCCGGACGUCGAGUAUGUACGUAGUCGGCGGUGGAACGAUACCGUCUACGUACAUCUACAUCCCGUUCUUCCCUUGUUUUACCCUCGACGUAUCGAGCGCGAUAGUGGUGGUGGUGGCGGCGGUGGCGGCAGCGGUGGCAGCGCGCUGCUGGUGGUGGUGUCGGUGUGGAGGCGGCGGCGGUGGGUUAGUAACGAUGAUGAGAAUCUUUCGCGCCACCUGGUAUAAGAGUGUCGGCGCACAAAGUGAAACGUCGUCGUCGUCGUCCUCGUCCUCGUCGUCGAGGGAAAGCGUGAAAACUGCGAGAGUCGAUGCGAGUAUCGACUAGAGGGAACGAC